AUGGACGAGAAGCGAAUCGCCGACUACUUUGUGUUGUCCGGCAUUUCGGGCGAAAGUGGCGUCACUUUUGACGACAGUUUAGUUCAGGAAAGGCUUUCGGUGCCGAAGUCGGUGCAGACGCCGUCGGCGCCCAUCACUGACAUCACAGUCAUUAUCCGCAGCGCCGGCGAAGUGGUACCCAAUGGGUACACGUGUAUAGAGACGAGUCCAUUGGGUUUCGCUGCGGACCUGAAUCACGGCAGUCUCCGGAGUCCGAGUCUAUUCAUUUGCUACCGGAGGGGCAGAGAUAAGCCGCCGCUCGUCGACAUCGGUGUCCUCUACGAAGGGAAGGAACGGGUGAUGUCUGACAGCGAAAUCGUGGAAAACACUUUCGAUGGAAAGCCGGCGAACGUGAAUAACAGCGGUUCCCGUACUUUCCUCACCUUCAGGAGGGCUCGAGACAACGCCCCCUGCAAUCAGUUAGUGGUGACCGAUAUUUGUGUCAUUUUAGCCAAUAAAGGAGAGUCACCCCCACAUGCCUUCUGUCUCAUCAACAAAAAUCUCAAUAAAGGAAUGGUUGGUUCGGAUGUGUUUAUCUGUUACAAGAAGUCGAUGAAUCGGCCGCCUCUGCUCUGUUAUAACCCGAUAAUUAUAGGUCGGUUCCCAUUAGAAGAUUACCCGCAUUAUUCAUUGCCAGAAUCGGUGUCACUGUUUUGCUUCCCAAUGGGGGCGACAGUUGAGUGUUGGCCCAAACGGGCACAACAGCCCAAACCUAUAUUCUCGACAUUUGUGUUGACAUCAGACUCGGCGGAGAAAGUGUACGGCGCGGCCGUCACUUUCUACGAGCCUCUGGUCGACCACCGGCUCAGCGAUAAAGAGUUACAACAUUUGACUUACUGUACAGAAGAGGAUAGAGAGACUAAAUCAUUGCAUAGAAUCAAAUCAAUCUCUAUUCUGAGUCGUUGGCCUUUUUUCGAUACUUUUGAACGCUUUUUAUUGUUUUUACACAAAACGUUUGUCAUAUCGUCGACAACGCCUCAGAAGAUCCCAUUAGAGCGCUAUAUAUCUAAUUUUAUGUUAGAAAUUCCGUUUCCAUUACCGAAUAGACCUAAGAUUUUGGUCCAAUUGGGUGCCAAUGCAGACGAAACGGUACUUAUAUCACAACCACCAGAGUAUAUGCCAUUGGCUCUGACCGGUGCUUCCUUUACCCAAAUGCUUAGAAACUUAGGCCCAGAAAACUGUUUGCAUGUAUUAUUGUUUGCAUUGACGGAACAGAAAAUUUUGUUGCAUUCUUUACGGCCGGAUGUGCUAACAAGUGUUGCCGAGGCUGUCGUCACAAUGAUAUUCCCAUUUCACUGGCAGUGCCCUUAUAUCCCGAUGUGUCCGAUAGGCUUAUCCGAUGUACUUAACGCUCCGCUUCCCUUCAUUGUUGGCGUCGAUUCCCGAUAUUUCGAUCACUUCGAGCCCCCCAUAGACGUGGCGGCCAUCGAUUUGGACACGAAUUCCAUCUAUUUAUCCGAAAGUAAACGACUUUUUAAUCCAAAAAUUAUGCCAAAAAAGCCGACAAGAGUUCUGAAGAAUACACUCGAAAAGCUUUUUGAGCGUUUAGUUCGACCGAUGGCCGCGACUAAUGGCGCCACUAAUUCGGCACAAAAAGUGAGAACUAAUUUAUUUAACGAUAAUUUGCGGCUAAAAAAGAUUGAAAGGAAAAUAGAGAUUGAAAUACAGGAAGCGUUCAUCAGAUUCAUGGCUACGAUUCUUAGAAAUUUUCGCUCAUAUUUAUUGCCCAUAACUCGUGCGCCGACUGUCGGGGCGACUGAUCCGAGUUCUCUGUUUGAUUUGCAGGGCUUUAUUAAAUCCCGCGACAAAACUUACCACAAGUUUUAUUCAUUAGUAAUGAGAACUCAAAUGUUUACGCGUUUUAUUGAAGAGCGAUCUUUUGUUUCCGACAAAAACAUAAGUCUAGCCUUUUUUGACGAGUGCUCUGAAAAACUGGAAUCGAUGGGCGAUUCCGUUGACUCGUCUUCAAUGCGUUUAUUAGAUUUUGGGGAUUAUAUCCAAAACGAUCAAACAGUGUUCAUACCUCCGCCCGAACCCAUUGCACAUGACAUUCAAUACACAUAUCAAGAGUUCGGUCCAUUAGAUCCACUAUUGUUUCACAAAAAUCCCACAUUUUCUACACUUUCACGAAUCGGUUCUCUUGUUAACGACAGCGAAGUCGGACUGUCGGAGAACUCAUCAAUCAUUGGUCCGUCGAGUCCUAUGUCUAAGCGAACGAAACAAGAGAUAAGAAGUGCCCAAAAGGUGGCGCGAAGACACGCGGACUCGCCGAUGAAGUGGUCGAAGUGCCUCUUAAGCUACUGUUAUAGCCUAUGGUUCCAUCACUUACCCGCUUAUGUCAAAGCGAACGCUUCAUUCAAACCCAAACCAUUGAGCACUGCCUUCGAUGUCCUCUUAAGAAUGCAAUCAAUAGGCUUUCAUCCGUCCGAUGAGGUCUGCUAUAGAGUUAUGAUGUUAUUGUGUGGCAUAUAUAGCGAACCCGUAUUAGCCGUCAAAGUAUUGUUUGAAAUGAAAGCUCAAAAAAUAACUCCCAAUGCAAUCACUUAUGGCUAUUACAAUAAGGCAGUGCUGGAGAGCACGUGGCCUACCGGUGACACCACCGGACAACUCAUGUGGAAUAAGUUACGCAAUGUGAUCGUAGGGGUGGCUCAGUUCAGACAAAACACUCGCAUUAGAUCCGCAAAACUCAGCCAACAAUUGCAAGAAAUUGAGACAAAAACUAAUUCCAUUCAGAGUUCUUCGGAUUGCGGUUACGCCACGAAUACGGAGUCAAUCACUUCGGAACCAAUUCCUCCAUUCAGUCGAGUUGUGACCGAUUUUAGGGAAUCCGACGCUUUCAGGGAAAGGACUCGAAGUAUUGUCCGAAAGUCUGGUUCGCAUCUAAACUGUUUGCAUGACUUCGACAGCGCGGCCGGCGUUCUCAUGACAACUGAUUUAUCAAAGUUUUGCGAUGGAAUCGAUUGUGAAGUUAAUUGCAUUCGAAGAAGACAUAAAAGUGUAGAAAUUGACACAAAAGACAUUAAAGAUAUUAAAGAUAUAAACCGAGAAUCGGAUAAAAAUAUGGUUCCUUUAAAUUCCAAUUCUCCGAAACCAUACCUCAGAUCUCAAAGCUUUGGAAACGACGAGAAAAUUGUACAAAAAUUAAGAUAUGAAGCGUUGAAAGGAUUGACAGCAAAGUUGCAACAAAAUAGUCCUAACUUUAAGAAACCGUUGUCUAAGGAUAAAGAGCCAGAGAUUACUAAAAGAAUGGCUUCGUCUGGAAAUGCAUUUAAGACUAUUGGAGGUCUUUCUCGUUGCGCUGAAGUCCCAGAAAAAGAGGAACAAGAAGAAGGCGGUGGCGAUGAAGUGGAUGGCGAAGUGGAAGUGAUGAAGAACUGGAAGAAUAACUUAAACAAUUCAAAGAUUCUUGAAUCAAAAGACUGUGAAUCAACUCAAACCUCUGGUCAAACAAUUCGCGAAUCUUCUGUCACUUCCAAUGACUCUAAACUUACGACUAAGAGCUCAGAAACUAUGGAUUCUAACAAAGGCUCUGAAAAUUCUGCUGAUUUGUCAAAAAGCAGUGCAAACAAAGAGGGGUUGUCUUCAUUUAGUCCACUAAAGGACGCCAUAAUGAAUAUGGAGUUGUUUUCACCCGAAGGCAAAGUUGCGUCAACUCUGCGCUCCAGUUUCCGAAUUGCCAGUCGUUUCGCUAAGUCUUCGCCGUCAACGAAGACCACUCUUUCUCGAAGUUCUACUUUUCAUGAGUCAAACCAUAGCUCUUCCGAGAAGACACUUAACAAAAUCGGGUCUUUCUUUAGGAGAGAUCUUCAGAAAACUGAAUCCGAUUCGGGCUCUAAAGUGAAGAGUAUGACGCGUUCGGCAACACUGCCACCGGUCUCGCCCUCAAAGCUAACCGACGAUAAGACAGAAUUUGACGGUAAGACUGAUAAAUGCGAAGCCAUUGGAAAUAAAGAUUGCGUUUCGACGGAAAGUCUCGAUGAGUUGGGAACAGAAGAAGACAACAGCAGAGAAAAUUCAUUACUUAACUUGAGUUCUCAGUGGACUAACAGAUUAGCGGCGAAUAAACACUCGGAAUAUGUCUAUUCGACCAUCAAAUCUGCGGCCAAUAAUAUGGCGACUCGUUUUAGUGGAUUAAAGUCUUCAUUGGCUUAUUCGACGUCCUCUCCAAACAAUUCUCCAUCAAAACUGAUGGGAGCGUCCAAUACGUCAGGUGUGGUGACAGGAGUGGCGACGGGCACAGCGAACCUGUUGUCGCAAUGGGCCACACAAUUAGCCGAGAAGUUUCCCUCCAAUUUUGCCUUCGAUGACGACGACUGCUCGAGUAAUAACUCAUUUGAUAUGAGAAGAAACAGUUUCGCCUCUGAGGAGGAAUUGAGCGAACGGUCGCGUGAGGGGAGUCUCGGUCGCAAUUUCACCGGUUUUGGCAGUAAUUCCAGCGCUUCUCCUCUCUUUGAUCUCUUGGAGAAACACUAUUCUUCUCCAUUGGAGCCAAACAUACCGUCGACUGAAACAGAUAUGGAAGUAGUGAUGACUUCGUGUUCGCGAUGUUAUACUUGUUUUUCAAUCAUUUAUGACGAAGAGAUUAUGGAGGGCUGGACUCCCGAUGACUCCAAUCUGAACACUUGCUGUGCCUUUUGUACUUCAAAAUUCGUUCCUUUACUUACCAUAACAAUCAAUGAUAUGAGAACUGAUUUGAUCGACGAUAACAUUGAGCCAAAAGAAAGCGAUUUGAAUGAGCCGUCAGAAGACGUGAUUGACUCGUCAAAGAGCGAGCAAACCAUUGCUCAAGAGAUUUGUCAAAAUGAGAAUCAUUUACAUAAAACAGUAAAUUCGACGCCUUUAGAGCCCAUAACUGUCCCGUAUUUAAGUCCAUUAGUAUUGCGCAAAGAGGUUGAGAAUGUGCUGAGCAAUGAGGGAGACCUGUGUCUCGCAAAGCCUGAGUUCGUCGACGAACACCCAAUCAUAUACUGGAACUUAAUUUGGUAUUUCAAACGCGUCAAUCUUCCCUCACAUCUUCACGGCCUAUGUCUUUACGCCAACACUUUCAACAAAAAUAGAACACAAAAUGGCGAUAAUUUUAAACUUAAUGAUUACCAGAGAGUGUCAGUUCGUUGUAUGUGGGAUAACGAGAAACUACACGAUGAUAUUGGUAGCAGUCCUUUGCAUAAACUAUGGCUCGAGUCUUCCUUGAGUUCGCCACUCGUGCACGCGUUGGUCACCGAUGAGCGCAAACUGACGCGCGGUUUAAUGCGACAAAUAAUAACAUCGAUUCAAUGCAACGAUUUGUCGACACCAAUGAAAUUACUGAUUACUGAACGCCUCAAACUGAACGCUAAGAAGAGCACCGCUAAGCAGCACAGCAUAUAUCGGGACCUACUUUUCCUAUCGUUUGUCGCUUUGGGUCGAGAAAACAUCAAUAAUUCGGCCUUUGAUCGCGAAUAUCGUCGCGCCUUCGAGUCGAUGACACCCAAAGAUCAGAUGGGUUUGACAGCCAUUGAUAAGCCGCCAUCGAUUGGCAUUAUAUUCUGUCGCCGUUUCUUCAAAGAACUGGAACUGAGACCACAAUCGGACAACAAUUUGCUCAUCAAUUCAGCGAACAAAUGAUACGUUUGUUAUGCUCUAAGCGUUGUGUCAUUUGUAUGUCGUUUUUUAAUGCCU